AUGCUGCUACAACAACAUCUGUUGCAAUCUCUUCAAAACACUAUUUGCUUGAGCUUGAACUUGAUGCCAAACACUUGGACUCUAGUGCCGUGGAGAGGAUCAAUGAUGAGAACAAAUUGUGUAAAAGAGAACAGUCCAGGGCGGGGGGUAAAGUUCACGCGCCUCCCAACUGGAAGCGCUGUACGGGGUGAAGAGAAGGUCACGGCGGAGGUAAGAGAUGGAAAGAAGAAUAGUGCUAGGGUUUGGAUCGGGACUUAUGUAAGCGAGAAGAAGAAGCAGGUUUACGAUAAAAGGUGUUUUCAAGAUACAUGGAGUUAA